AAUACUGUUCCCACUCAUCCCCUGCAGGAUACCAACGUCAGCUACUCUACAAACAUGAUGAUGGUUCCUAUAGUGCUUUUGGGAAGAAUGAUGCUGAGGGAAACACCUGGCUGACAGCUUUUGUGGCUAAGGCUUUUGGCCAAGCAAAGUCCUAUACCUAUAUUGAAGAAAAGCAUAUUCAGGAUGCCGUUCACUGGUUGGGGCGGCAGCAGCUUCCCAGUGGCUGCUUUCAAAAUGUGGGAAAGCUCUUCAACAAUGCUCUGAAGGGCGCCGUGGAUGAUGAUUUCUUACUGACAGCUUACAUCACUGCCUCCCUGCUGGAGCUCCACUUCAAGACAGAUAAUACCAUGGUAGAUGGUGCCUUGCGCUGCCUGAGAAACAACUCAAAAACUAUGAAUGGGACCUACCCCAAGGCCCUGUUAGCUUAUGUCUUCUCAUUGGCUGGUGAUAAAGAGAUACGACAACAGCUCCUGCAAGAGUUAGAGGACGAGGCUGACAAAACAGAUGGUACUCUGUCCUUCUUAGAGACUGAGACAACUGCCUACUUUCUCUUGGCCCAUCUUUCUGCAUCGGAUGUGUCCACAGAUAAACCCUCACAGAUAGUGCGUUCCCUCACCAAACGGCAGAAUCCCUACGGAGGCUUUUACUCCACACAGGACACAAUUGUUGCCUUGCAGGCUUUAGCCAAAUACGCAAGCUUGACUUACCGAGAAACAGAAGAGCUAAAGGUCUUGGUGAAGUCCAGCAAGGAUUUCCAGCAUGAGUUCCAUGUGGACAAGAAGAAUCGCCUGAUGCUGCAGAAGGUCUCUCUUCCAGAGAUCCCAGGUCAAUACAAGGUGGCGGUCUCAGGGAAUGGCUGUGUCUAUGUGCAGGCUGUCCUUCGAUACAACUGGCCACCCAAGAUGACUAACAUGUUUGCUUUGAAUGUGGAGACGUCGCCUGAAGAAUGCAACCAGACUUCCAGGAAACAUUUUGACAUCCAUCUCCAAGUGAGUUACAAAGGUAAACGAGAGACAAGCAACAUGGUUCUGAUAGAAAUUUCCAUGGUCUCAGGAUUCAUUCCUGUGAAGAAGUCUGUGAAGGAGCUGGAAAGGGAAACCCAUGUAAAGAAGGUGGAAUUUGAUCCUGAUAAGAUCAGCAUCUACCUGGAUGAGUUGGAUAGCGGAGUUCAAAGCUACAGCUUCUCUGUGGAACAGGAAUUUGAAGUGACAGAUCUUAAGCCUGCAGUUGUAAAAGUCUAUGAUUAUUAUCAUCCAGAUGAGUAUGAGGUUGUGGAAUAUAGUGCACCCUGCACCAUAGAAAGCGCAAAUGAAAUGAAAAGAAAAGAAAAGUCAUGAAAAGAAACAAAGGCACAUUAAGAUUCUCCAUUUUUGUGUCCCUAAUAGUCCACUGUGAACAAUAAAGCUGCUGGAGAAGAC